AUGCCUCCGGUCCUUGCGGGAUCAAAUGAGCCAAUCAGAGGUGAGCCAAUCAGAGGUGGCCUAUCAGAGGUGAGCCAAUCAGAGGUGAGCCAAUCAGAGGUGAGCGGGCGGGUGGAUUUUCUAGGGUUUCAUGUACCCUCUUCCCUCCCUCUCCCCACUCUCUUCUCACCCUCCCUUGACAUGCUUUCCGUUUUCCCUCCUCUCGCCCCUCUUCGUCCCUUACUCUCCCUCCUCUUUUCCCCCUCCUCUCCCUCCUCUCUCUCCUCUUCUCCCUCCUCUCCCCUCUUGUCAUCUCCCAUCUCCCACCAGGCCAUUCCUCCAGAGGUUCUUGAGCCCUAUUGGCCGGCUGUGGCUUCCUGCGCUGCGAUUGGCUGGAGAGACACGGCGACGGCUCUGCUCCGUUGUCACUCAUCAUACCGCGAGGACCAGGUCAUUCAGAGGGAAGCGGAGAACGGGCUGGUGGAGGCCGUGGCAGUGCUGCUCGCAGAAAUGCCGAUGCCGCUUGAGCCAAUGGCGGCGCACGACGCUGCUGAGGUGUCGGCGUAUUACAGGCAUCGUGACCAUUGGCGCAACCGUCUCGCACGCCUCAAGGCAAGCCCUUUUUGGGCGGCGGCAGAUGCGCCGGCCACCGAGAGGGCGCUGCUCGCCCUGCUCGACCUGCUGUUGGGGAGCUCCCGGGCCGUUGAUGACGUGGCGCGCUCCCAUUGGCUGGAGCUGCUGGGGGCGCGGCUGUUGCACCAGAACCCGCAGGCGACAGCAGCAGUACAGGCGUCGCUCGCACUGCAAUGCUGGCGGGAAGCAGCAGCGGGCGGCGGUGGGAAGAGCGGUGGGGCAUCUCAGCCGUUGGAUGCUUCGGAUCUCGUCCAGCCGUCGCUGGAUCGGCUCAUGCUUGCGUCCUUGUGCCGUGAAACAGAGUUAUCUCUGCUGCCUUCCUGCCUUCCGACUAUCCUCUCCCCUCCCACCCCACGUCCCUCUCAUCCACCCCCUCCUCCCCCUCAGUUCCUAGUGCAAGUGAUUGAGCUUCUCUCACUUCCCUCGCCGUCCCUCUCCGCACUACCAGCCAAACAAGCCGCUGCAGCUGCCGCCCAAAAUGCUGCCUCUGCCGCCCGGGAGCCAUCCACAGCAGAUGGUGCUGACAUCAGCGGCCUGUCUGUUCUGGAUCUCUGCCGGGUGAACUACGCCAUGGACCUCCUAUCAGAUGCUGCCACGUGGCAGGUGAAAUCUUGCAUACCCUUCCCUUCUCCAACACGCCCUCCCCCCUUUCCCCACCCUCCUCCUUUCCCAAUCCUCCUUCCCCCCCUCCAGUCUGCUGCUAUGGCUGCUGAGACUUCUGCUGCAAUGGCAUGUUGGGACUCUAGAAGCCUCGCCACGUCGCGCCAUGUGGCGAGCGUCUAUUGGAUGGCAGCGGCCGGCGCACCAGCAGCAGCGCCUAUGGACGCGCUUGUCCUUUUCCUCGCAGACGAGCUGCUGGUGCCAGCCAUCAGGGGGAGGCUGCAUCUGGUGCAGGGCGCACCUGGCUCAGGUUCAGGUGGUGCCAAAGAGGGAGCAACAGCAGGUGCAGCAAGAGCAGCAGCGGCGCUGGAUGCUCUGAGGAAUAGCAGUGGGUCGACCGGACAGAGUCACUCGGCUCUUGAAUACGUGCUCUCUGUAUGGGAGCUGGUCAAAGAGCUGACUGGUGGAUCAAACAGCCCAGUGUCGCCCUUUUUUCCUGCCACCACUGCUACUGCUACUCCCGAGCCAAUCCAACAAAGCCACCAGGCGGACCGGCUAGUGCAGGCCAUGCUCCACACCUCAUCACAUUACCCUCGCGUCUUCCUCUCUCUGUCUCAUCUCAUGGCUCAUGUGCUUCAGAAUCGCUCCCUACCGUUCAAAGAGGCCCACAUCUCUGCGCUCAUCAGCUGCUUGCAGCACUUCUCCCCAGACUCACUCUCACAACAGCGCUCUGGCUUUAAGAAUGCUCCCACUCUCACUGCCCGUAGCUUGCCUGACGCGGACAGCCAAGGAGGCAUGGGGCAGGCAUCGCUGUGGGAUCAUUUGAAUAGCCUCAAAUUGGCACUGGCCAAGGAGUUGAGUGCCAAGAUCAUGUUCCUCUGA